CUAGACCCUUUGCUCGUUCAAUUCUGCUGCAACCAGCCUAGUGUUGAGUAUCCUAAAGUAUACACCCUAAAAAAUAAAUUGUAUUGGAGGAGGGUUUUGCAGACUAGUGUUUUAAAAGCAUUCUUUAAUACAAAAGUGGGAGGUUAAAAACAGUAUCCCGAUUUGAUUUAUCUAAUUAUACCCGAAGACAAAAAGAAGAUUAAAUUAUCCAGCGAAGUAUUUAUUUUGAUGAUAUUGAUAAGAGGCAGAGCAAAGUAAGUCGCAGCAGAAAAGGAGUAAAAAAAAAAAAUAUGCCUGACGCUCUUCAAUUUCCCAUCAUUGACUUGUCAUCCCCAGAUCGCUUCUCAAUCGCCAACUUGAUCCGUCAGCGAUGCGUUGACCACGGUUUCUUUUACCUUGUAAAUCAUGGGGUUGAUGAAGAAUUGAUUAGCAAAGUUUUUGAGCAGAGUAGUAACUUCUUUUCACUCCCCAUUGAAGAGAAGAUGAAGUUGGUGACAAAGAAUCACAGAGGUUAUACGGCACUUCAUGCUGAAAAGCUUGAUACUACUUUAACUACCAGAGGUGACUCUAAAGAAAGUUUCUAUAUCGGUCCACUAACUGAUGACCUCAAUCAAUGGCCUUUAGAAGAAGAUCUGCCAUCGUGGAGAUGCACAAUGGAGACUUAUCACCAAAAGCUGCUGUCUUCUGUGACGAAAUUACUUUCUUUAAUAGCCCUGUCCCUAAAAUUAGAAGAAGAUUUCUUUGAAAAAGUGGGUGCCCUUAUUGAACCAUUGGCAUUUAUUCGUUUAUUACAUUAUCCAGGAGACUUGAACUCUUCAAGUGAAGAAAUAUUUGGUGCUUCUGCUCAUUCAGAUUAUGGAAUGGUCACUCUUCUGGUCACAGAUGGUGUUCCAGGGCUUCAGAUUUGCAGGGAGAAAUCCAAGCAACCACGAGUUUGGGAGGAUGUACCAAGCAUGAGUGGGGCAUUCAUUGUUAACAUCGGUGACAUGAUGGAGGGGUGGACCAAUGGUUUGUUUAGGUCGACACUGCAUAGAGUGCUUCAACCUAGACAAGACCGCUACUCUGUUGCAUUCUUUACAAAUCCUAGCAAAGACUGUAUUGUGGAAUGUUUGGAAAGCUGUUGCACCGAGUCUUGUCCACCAAGAUUCCCACCCAUAAAAGCCAUAGACUACCUGGAAGAGCGUGUUAGGCUUACAUAUGGCUUGUAGUUGAAGUUAUGCAUCAAUUUUUACAGAUUAUAUUCCAAGUUCCUUUCUGCUAAUAAAUUGCAAACAUUGUAAUCUGUACUUUUGCAGCUACAGAUAAAUGCAGACCUCUGCAAAGAUACUGUAAUGUAAUCAGCAGACAGAUGACAUUGAAAAAUAGUAGAAACAGAACCAGAAAACAUGUAGUAUCUAGUAUGCUUGUUUUAUGUGUACUUUUUGGUAUCAAGUUCAUUGCAAUUUGAGUUGAGUUACGUAUGAAUAGUAAAAGGGGAUCUGAUUCUAAGAAUCUUGGUGUCGUGGAGGGUAAAGUGUUGAGCUGACGGUUCAGUUGUAUUAUGAGUUGUAACUAAAAGAAAUCUUGAAACUAGAACAUGGAAAUAGACGAAUUGAUCCUCUUCUUACAUUUGUGUGGCUUGUCCAAGGAGUUAAUCUACUAUAAUUCACGUUUGUGCUUUUUCUAAAGGUGCCUGUGAAAUGAUUAUAUCAACGAAUUUGAUUCGAGAUACUAGUGGGAUUAUCCUAGAUUUUCCAAUGAACCCAUUUCAGCAGAGUUAGUUUAAAGAUGAUUUAAGGUGAGAUUGAUCACUUAUGACUGCUUGGAAAACAAGUUACCCUAAAGAAAGUUUCUAUAUUGGUCCACUAACGGAUGACCUCAUUCAAUGGCCUUUAGAAGGUAUUUAUGAGCAUCUUAAGAAAUUUUAAUUAACUUAUACUAAGUUGUUAUUUUGGCUUGGAAAUUGCAGAACUGCCAUCUUGGAGAAGCGCAAUGGAGACUUAUUAUCAAAAAAUGCUAUGACUGUGAGAAACAUCAAUUUAAAAUAUUUAGUAUUUAUCAGCACAUCCUAAAUUGAAAUCUAAAAGAGGGUAUGAAUUUCUAUAGUUUUUUCAUGUAUUUGGAGUUGGAGGGUCUUUGGUUGGUUAUAUUCCAAUACUUAUGUCUAAAUAUGUGUGGAAUUGCACAUAUGUUCAUCAUGAGUGACAAAGUUAACACAUUUUCUUUCUUAAAUGCAUGGAUAUGGCUUGUAGUUGAAGUUAUGCAUCAUUCCAAGCUUAUUAUUUCUGCUAAAGAAAUUGCAAUCAAUACUUUCGCAGCUACAGAGAAGUGCAGGACUUUGCAAAGAUACUGUAAUGUAAUAAACAGAAGAUGAAAGUGGACAAUGGAAGAAACAGAACAACAAUAUAUUGUCGUUUUCUUUCUUUCUGACCAACAUCAAUUUAAAAUAUGUAAACUUGGUUUUUUUAAGGUAGGUUGAUGUAAACACGUUAAUACUUUUUCAAAGCAAAGCAAGUUGCAGCAGAAACCCCCACAAAAAAAAUGUGCGACGCUCUUCAACUUCCCAUCGUUGACUUGUCAUCCCCAGAUCGCUUCUCCACCGCCAACUCGAUCCGUCAGGCAUGCAUCGACCACGGUUUCUUUUACCUUGUGAAUCAUGGGGUCGAUGAAGAAUUGGUUAACAAAGUGUUUGAACAGAUUAGCAAGUUUUUUUCACUUCCAAUUGAAGAGAAGAUGAAGGUGAUCAUAAAGAAUUACAACGGUUAUUCGCCACUUUUUGCUGGAAAACUUGAUACUACUCUAAGUACCAAAGGUAGUUUAUGUAUUUUCGUUAUGUUUCUGGUUUAAUGUAAAAGGGUGAUUUUAGGUCAGAUUGAUCACUUUUAACUGCAUGGAAAACAGGUGACUCUAAAGAAGGCUUCUAUGUUAGUCAACUAGCUGGUGACCUCAAUCAAUGGCCUUUAGAAGGCAUGUAUGAGUAUCUUAUAUAACAGUUGCUUUACAUAAGAAAUUUAAUUGAGUUAGAAUGUCAGAUGGUCUUUUGGCUUGGAAAUUGCAGAGGAUUUGCCAUCUUGGAGAAGCACAAUUUAAACUUAUUAUCAACAACUACUGUCUGCUGGGACUAAAUUGCUCUCCUUAAUUGCCCUGUCCCUGAAAUUAGAUGAAGAUUUUUUUGAAAAAGUGGGUGCCUUUAAUGAACCAUUGGCAUCUCUUGGUUUAUUACAUUAUCCAGGGGAGGUGGAUUCUUCCAAUGAGGAAAUAUAUGGUGCGUCUGCUCAUUCAGAUUUUGGAAUGCUCAAUUCUUUUGGUCACUAAUGGUGUACCGGGACUUCAGAUUUGUCGGGAGAAAUCCGAGCAACCGCAGGUUUGGGAGGAUGUGCCAAGCAAGAGUGGGGCAUUCAUUGUUAACAUUGGCGACAUGAUGGAGAGGUGGACCAAUUGUUUGUUUAGGUGGCAUUCUUCUUAAAUCCUAGCAAAGAUUGUAACGUGGAAUGUUUGGAAAGCUGUUGCAGUGAGGAUUGCCCUCGAAGAUUCCCACCCAUAAAAGCAUUGGACUACCUGGAAGAGCGCCUUAGACUUACAUAUGGCUUGUAGUUGAAGUUAUGCACCAUUUUCACAUAUUAUAUUCCAAGCUAUAGAGAAUUGCAGGCCUUUGCAUAGAUACUGUAAGUAAUAAACAGACAGGUUAUUUUUAUUCUAAGAACAACACCAUCGUAAUAAACAGAUAGGUUAUUUUUAUUCUAAGAA